AUGUUAGAGCUGGAUCUUGGUUCAAUGGCUCUUAAACGAAUCAAGAAGGAAUUACUUGCCAUGUCGCGAGAUCCCCUGGAACACUGUUCUGCAGGGCCAGUGGCGGAUGAUAUGUUUCACUGGCAAGCAACUAUAACCGGGCCUGACAACAGCCCCUACCAAGGAGGGGUCUUUUCCCUUUCAAUCCAUUUCCCACCCAGCUACCCUUUCAAACCUCCUAGUGUCUCAUUUACUACUCGAAUUUACCAUCCAAAUAUUGGCCAUGAUGGAACCAUCUGUCUCGAUAUCUUGAAAUCUGCAUGGUCACCGGCACUCACUAUCUCUAAAAUUUUACUUUCUAUCUGCUCAUUACUUUGUGACCCAAAUCCGAAUGAUCCUUUGGUUGUGGAAAUUGCUAAGGUCUAUCACAGUGAUAAAAAGAAAUAUGAAGAAUUAGCCCGAGAGUGGACCAGGAGAUACGCAAUAUAA